AUGCCCUUUUCACGCAAACUUUGGGAUGCGAAGACUGCCGCUCAAUGGAGAUCCAUAUAUCUCGAAGAGGUUCCAAAAACGACAUCUCCCAUACCAUCCCUGGCUACCAGCCUACAGAAUAUCUCCAGUCUCGGCCACUUCCCUCGUCAUGGAGAUUUCCAAUUAGCCGCGCUAGCAAGUAUCCACGGCAUAUCAACGAUGAUAGCAGACUGCAAUCAAGCACGUCACGGACCAUCCGUCGCGCUGAUCAUGAAGCUAUGGCAGCAAGAGCUACUGCAGGUUCUGGAGCAAUUUGAAGUUGUCGCAAUUGAGCCUCUGCAACGCUUAAUGCCGGCUAUUCCACUAAUCUACCAAACCGUCUCACUUUCGUUAUACCUGCCACUGGGUAUCCUUGAGACCUUUUCAGGGAAAGACGGUGAAAAACGGUCGUCUAAUAUAUACCAGUCAUUUAUUCAAAGAAUCAGUGCUGCAAAUCUGCGACAAGCGAGCUGGCAUGCUGGCCAGGUGCUGCGCAUCGCAAGAUCUAUGCCUCCUGGGUCACUCACUGAUUUUUAUGCCACUUGCCUCUACUUUGCUGCGCUUGCAUUAUGGUCCCUGAGCACCAUAUUCUUGUCAAAUGAUCUAGCUUCAGAUACCGGAAGUUCUACCGGCGAAACAGUGUUUCUCCUGGAUGGUGAAGCUGACAGCGCUGCACUACGUCGAUUCACACUCUCUGGGCAGGGAGUCCCCGUUAUUUCGUCUUCCGAUCGACAUGUACCUUUGAAUGAUCGAGCGGCGGUCAUGCGUUUUUUUCGACAAUUGUUACGCUUGAAGUAUCACGGGGGUGCCUCCGAUCAGCAAACGAGGGCUUUGAAUAAUGCCUUCUCCGUGCUGGGGAACACUAAUUCCACAACCAUUGAAGGGCAGCGGAAGAGGAAAACCCCCGAAAGUUGA